CGGCGCGCGUUUGCACGCGGAGCGUCAAAGCGGCGCGCGGCGGGAGGGCGAGCCACGUGGGCAGGCGACGCGGGUCCGGUCGAAGAAGCGCCGGGCGGGGCCCAGGCCCGGGUGGGGGGGCACUUGGGUCUUUGCACUGAAAAAGGAAAGUGGGGGAAAGCGAGACGCAACGGGUGGCCGGCUGGCUGCAAAGUCGCCUGCUCGGAUCUGCCGCUUUCUGCGGCUGGAAACCUGUUUCUCCUUCUUUUUCUUCUCAGCUGGGGCAUGCGCGCUGCCCAUGCCCGGAAACAGCCUUCUCCCACCGCCUUAUUCUAUUUCUAGGCCAUCCUUCUUGCAAUUGACUCAGGGCACCGUAUUGUUCUCCUCCCCUACCGCGACAGCCCUGCAAAGUAGGACAGGCUGAGCAAGGGUUAAGGAAAUUGUUUCCUCUCCAAUUUGAUCUCUUGCAGAAGAGAUGGAUCCAGAAGAUGCCGAAGAGGUGGCCGCCGAAUUGCAAGGCAGGAAAAUAGAUGGUUGGGGUGUCUUGCAAAUUGCAGCAGGCACCGGCUUGACGGCUUAUAUCGUGUGGGCGGGUAUUCUCAUGCCCGGUUUCCGCAAAGUGCCCUUAAAACUGCAGGUGCCCUAUGUCCCAGCGAGUGCUAAACAGGUCGAGAACGUGAUGGAAUUGCUCAAAGGACGCUCUGGGAAGAUCGCAGAUUUGGGCUCCGGGGAUGGCAGAAUUGUCCUGGAGGCCUACAAGCAAGGCUUCAGGCCAGCUGUUGGCUAUGAACUCAAUCCGUGGCUGUUGCGGCUUUCCAGCUAUCGUGCGUGGAAAGCUGGGUGUUACGGAAAAGUUUCUUACUACAAGGAAGACCUUUGGAAGGUGAAUUUAUCAGAUUGUCAGAACGUAACCGUGUUCCUGGCACCGAGUGUGCUGAUGCUUCUGGAGAAAAAGCUACUGUUGGAACUUCCAGAAGAGGCCCGUGUGGUGGCUGGGCGUUUUCCUCUCCCCAGUUGGACUCACACAGACACAGCUGGGGAAGGUACGAACCAAGCCUGGGCAUACGAUGUCAAGGUGGUCCGGCAACUGGAGAAGGAUAAGCCAGAGGGGAGCCCAGUGUGAGAACAGGUCACCUUGGACACGCUGAUUUCUCAAAACCCCCAUGCAUCUUUGCUGGCUGUUGGGCCACCAGGAAGGGCCCUUUCUCCAUUGCUGAAUCAAUAGCCUAUUUAAGCUGGUGGGAUUAAACAACACAUUCUUCCCCCCUCUUUUCCCGUUCAGGAUUCAGCAGAACAGGGCAGUUCCCUAGAAUUUUUGCUCAAAGAUUUGUCAGCAGAAUCAUCCUCUUGGGACUGCUGUGCCUAUUUAUUUCACUGAUUUGCAAGCUGGGCUGGCAGAAGGAAUGUAUUUGUGACCCGCUGGAUUGUACACCAGGCAUGGACGUGUCCUCCUCAAGUGCCAAUGUCUCCUCAUUGGCAGAUGGUUUGCUUGGGGAUGACUUUUAAAAGCUAUCACGUUUCUUAGAUUUUAUUAUGAAUAUCAGAAUGUUGAUGGAGGUACUCGGAAUACAAUGGAAGGGAAGGAUGCAACUCAAUGAGAAAUAGUUCCUUGCAUCAUUCAGGAGCUCACAUCAUGUGGUGGAUUGACUGUCCAAACUUCAGAUCCAUGCCUUCCCAUAUCAUUUAGUGGACAAUCUUGGGCUGGUUGCUGAUUCUCAACCUACCUGUGAUGGAAUGGAAUUAUGAAGUUUUCAGGGAGGAAAACAUGCUCUUUCGUCUCCUGAGGAGCGAGGGAGAGA